AGCGCAGUGACCACGCUUUAUGCACAUGCGUACUCAGGUGCGCCAGUAGGGGACGCGCUGGCACAGCAAAAUGGCGGCGGCACUACGGGUGGCUGCGGCUGGGGCAAGACUCAGCGUUCUGGCGAGCGGUCUCCGCGCGGCGGUCCGCAGCCUUUGCAGCCAGCCCACCUCUGUUGACGAGCGCAUUGAGAACAAGCGCCGACGCGCGCUACUAGGAGGAGGCCAACGCCGUAUUGACGCGCAGCACAAGCGAGGAAAGCUAACGGCCAGGGAGCGGAUCAGUCUCUUGCUGGACCCUGGCAGCUUUGUUGAGAGCGACAUGUUUGUGGAACACAGAUGUGCAGAUUUUGGAAUGGCUGCUGAUAAGCAUAAGUUUCCUGGAGACAGUGUGGUCACUGGACGGGGCCGAAUCAAUGGAAGAUUGGUUUAUGUCUUCAGUCAGGAUUUUACAGUUUUUGGAGGCAGUCUGUCAGGAGCACAUGCCCAAAAGAUCUGCAAAAUCAUGGACCAGGCCAUAACGGUGGGGGCUCCAGUGAUUGGGCUGAAUGACUCUGGGGGAGCACGGAUCCAAGAGGGAGUGGAGUCUUUGGCUGGCUAUGCAGACAUCUUUCUGAGGAAUGUGUCGGCAUCCGGAGUCAUCCCUCAGAUUUCUCUGAUCAUGGGCCCAUGUGCUGGCGGGGCCGUCUACUCCCCGGCCCUAACAGACUUCACGUUCAUGGUAAAGGUAAGAAAGAAGGGCCUGUUUCUGGUGCCCUUUGAGAUUUGUGUAGGUCCUUACCUGCAAUAAAAAUAAUUCCUGACC